AGGCUCUGGGUAUUCCGCUUUGCGCCCAGUCGUGGGGUCGUCAUCCGCGGUCAAGUCUUUCACACAAAGCUUCUCUAAAACUCCUCUCCAUUAUUUAUUAGAGCCUUUCUUCCCCAAUUUAUUUGCUCCUCUUCAGAGCAACCUACGAGGCCAAGCUCUCCUCCCUUUCUUCGUGUUCCUACCUACUCUCUGGCUCUCUGCUCUACUUUUAGAGGCGGCCUUGGCGAUGGGGAGAGCUCCUUGCUGUGACAGGGCAAAUGUGAAGAGGGGGCCAUGGUCUCCAGAGGAAGACAUGACACUCAAGAGUUACCUUGAGAGACAUGGAACUGGUGGCAACUGGAUUGCUUUGCCCCAGAAAGCAGGGUUGAAACGUUGCGGCAAAAGCUGUCGCUUGAGAUGGCUCAAUUACCUCAGGCCAGACAUCAAACAUGGAGGCUUUACCGAGGAAGAAGAUAUCAUUAUUUGCACUCUCUACAACAAAAUAGGAAGCAGGUGGUCUGUCAUAGCAUCCCAAUUGCGUGGAAGAACUGAUAAUGAUGUCAAAAACUACUGGAACACUAAAUUAAAGAAGAAGAUGAUGGCAGCACAAGCAUCCCACUACAAAAACAUCACCUCCUCCUCCUCCGGCACCACCACCACCCCCAAUACCAAUCUCAUUCAUCACACACCAGCACCUGCUUCUCUUAUCAUCCCAACCAUCAAAACCGAGAUCUACACCUGUGAUAACUUCUUGGCUCCUUCAAACGAAGGCCCCUCGGCAUCAGCUCCAGUAAACCCGUGCUUCAUGUUUGGUCACAACACACCAUUUCCACCUGCAGGGCUCGUCGGACCUCCGGUUCUCAAUGGGAAUGCCGGCCACUACGCCGUUUCACCGCAUGAUGAUGCCUCCACGGCUUCCUCCUCGGUUACCAUCGAGAACAGCAGCAACAACUAUGUCAACUGGUCGGCUAACGGCCCUGGAGGGGAUGAUGCCUUCUUCGCCGAGUUCUUCAAUGACAAUUAUGGUUAUCAGGAGAAGACUGGGGAAGGCGCUCCCAAUCAAGCUACAGUGGCCGCUAACGUGUGGAUCACUUUCUGACACCAAGCCACAAGACACGUACCCGUAGCAAAACCCAAAGAAGAAGUCAUUAACAGCAUCGGCAACAAUAGAAGCUUCUGUUUCUAGACUAGCCCAUCGAUCACUCUUUUUUCUUGAUUUAAUCACUUGGCUACAGCUGAGUUGGACAGUACGUUCAUAUAUUGAUGUACAUGAACAGGGCGAGCUGGAUCUUAUAGGCUAAGUAACUCGAGCUUGACAUGGGAUUUACUUUAAUUAAUGUUUUUAUGCAGCUUCUAACGCUAUUUUA